AUGUAAAAGUCAUAAUUUAGAUUUGAGAAUAAACCUUCAAAGCAGUUUCCAUUAGACAAUAAAGUUUGGAAAUUGCAAGAGCACCCAUGCAUAAAUGAUGAACCUUUGCUCAUUGAAGAAUCAGAAGUAGGCUAUCAAAUUGAGGUUAUAAAAAUCUUCAAGUAGAUUUACUAAAAUAAAUUAGCGAUUCUAGAUGUCAACAAUAUACUGAAAGUAUUAUUAUAAAUAAUUAUACUGUUCAUUCUGUUUCACAAGUCUUUGACAAUUAAUUAGAUUCAGAACUUGUACUAUCCAAAUAAAUUUUAGUGUUCUGAAAAUAUGAAUAAUAAAUGGGACCAAUAUCAAUUCAAGCAAAUUCCAUGA